CUCCCAGAACGGACCCUCACGACAUCACUCUCCCUCACUUCAAAUCGUCACCAAGCAUCCUCUCCGAGAAAGAAGGCCCGUCGCCCACUCAAAUCGCCCAGAAAUGGCUCGCCUCUUUCUCCACCGCCAUGGCUUCAAACGACACAACCAAAUUGUCCUAUCUCAUCCACGAAGACGGCUGGUGGCGCGACCACCUCGCUCUGACCUGGGACUUCCGCACGAUCCGCGGCUUGAGCAAGAUCGUCGAUUUCCUCACUCCACUCCUUAGCAAGGCCAAACUGGAGAACUUCAAGGCCAGAGAGACCGGCAAAUUUGCACCGCACAAAGAGUACCCCAUCCCAGAAUUGGAAUGGAUCGAAUUCAUGUUUGAAUUCUCCAAUGCCGUUGGCGAAGGGAAAGGAAUGAUCCGACUUGCAUCCUCGCCUGAGACUGGCGUCUGGAAAGCGCACAUGAUCUACACUGCGCUACAGACGUUGAAAGACUUCCCAGAGCAGAUUGGCGAGCUUCGACCACAUGGCGGGACGAACAGUCUCGAAGGUGGUGCGGUGAAAGGAAACUGGUUGGAGAGGAGAGAACGCCAGAAAGAAUUCUUGGAUGGAGAUCCGGCAGUCUUGAUCGUUGGAGCUGGACAGUCCGGACUCAACGUGGCAGCGAGGCUGCAAGCUCUUGGAUUGUCAUGCCUAAUUGUCGACAAGAAUGAGAGAGUCGGUGACAAUUGGCGUAACAGGUACCGGACACUGGUGACGCAUGAUCCGGUCCAGUACACGCACAUGGCAUACAUGCCGUUCCCGAGCAAUUGGCCGUUGUUCACUCCAAAGGACAAGCUGGCGGAUUGGUUCGAGAUCUAUGCCAGUGCCAUGGAACUCAACAUCUGGCUGCAGUCGACGGUGAAAAGGGUCGAGUUCCAGGAAGACGGGCAGGAUUGGGCAGUUGACCUCGUGAGAGGUGAUGGAAAGAUCCGCAGUUUGAGACCGAAGCAUAUCAUCAUGUGCACUGGACACGCUGGAGAGCCGUACAUCCCAACCUUCCCAGGUCAAGGAACGUUCAAAGGCAAGGUGUACCAUGGUAGUCAGCACAAAGAUGCUUCGCUCCAGGGUGAUGUCGCUGGAAAGAAGGUGGUGAUUGUUGGAACGGGUAACUCUGGCCACGACAUGGCCCAGAACUACCACGAGAAUGGAGCGUCCGUCACCAUGCUGCAGCGCCGCGGGACGUAUGUCAUCUCGGCCUCGAUCGGAUUGUUCAUGCUGCACGAAGGCAUGUACGACGAGCAUAGUCCACCUAUAGAGGAUGCAGACAUUGCUGGGCAGUCUUUGCCAAUUCCCGUGCAGUUCGUCAGAGAUGCCGUCGGUAUCUCACGCAUCGCCGAGGCUGAGAAGACCUCGUUGGAUGGACUCAGGAAGGCCGGAUUCAAGCUGGAUUUCGGUCAUGAUGGGUCGGGCAUCUACCGCAAGUACAUCACCCGUGGAGGAGGGUACUACCUUGAUGUCGGAUGUUCUCAGUUGAUCAUCGAUGGCAAGAUCAAGGUCGUCCAGAGCCCAGAUGGCAUCAAAGGCUUUUCGGAAAAUGCUCUCAUUCUCGCUGACGGCCGAGAGCUGGAGGCUGACGUGGUCGUCCUGGCCACCGGAUACGACAACAUGCGCACAACUGCUCGCAAGAUCCUCGGCGACAAGGUGGCGGAUCGAUGCAAGGACAUCUGGGAUCUUGAUGAAGAAGGCGAAGUGAACGCAAUGUGGCGGCCAUCAGGGCAUCCGAAGUUGUGGUUCAUGGGCGGAGCUCUGGCAUUGUGCAGAAUCUACUCCCGUUUCCUGGCGUUGCAGAUCAAGGCUUGCGAAGAAGGCCUUGCUAAGUGA